AUGGUGCCGAGCGCGGCGGUGGCCACGGAGGUGGGCGGGAACCCCUUCGACGACCACGCCGACGACACCAUGCUGGAGGGGUCCGUCGGCGACGGCGCGGAGCUGGACGUGGACGUGUGCAAGGGCACCGACCAGGUCGUGGACAGCUCCGAGGCGCGCGUGGACGCGAGCGAGCAGGAGCACCAGAGCCCCUUCGAGGAGGACACGGUGCUGGGCGAGGUCCCGCCCUUCCCGCAGCUCAGCGCGGCGGUGGGCGAGGAGGCCGUCGGAGGCCCCUUGGAGAGUAUCGUCGGCGCCGAGCUGCAGGGUCAGGAGAGCGAGGAGGCGACGAACGACGACGACUUCGUUCUCCCCUCGAUCCUCGCCAAGAUGGAGGAGUCGAUGGAGGCCCAGCGGCGGUCCCAGGCCAGCCUCGUGGAGGACCUGGCCAAGUUGCGUGCCCUCCGAGCGCAGGAGCUAUCCGUGGCUCUGCGCAAUGGGGUGGCGGGCGCCGUCGACGAGGCCAAGGUGCGCCUUCGGGCCGCCGUGGAUCGGCUCCGUCUGGCCGAGGCCGCCUUCGACAACAAGAUGGCCACCUUCCAGCGGCAGUGCGAGGUCCUGCAGCGGGCGUCCCAGCGGCGGUGA